AUUUUGUAUUCCCCAAAAUACCCUCAACGGCGAAACAGAUUUUUCUGAGAAUUUCUGGUUUUCUUCCCUCUCAAUUCUCUCUCAAUCGACAAAUCGACUAUACUCUCAAAUGCCGCACCUUCUAGCUCACCCUUCAGCAAUCUCUCUACCAAAUCCAGCAUCACAUUCGACGCCGUCGUUUUGCCCAGUCGCGUACGUCGGCCUCCGCCGUCCGCCGCCGCACCGGAUGGUUUCCACCACCAGCUGCGGCGGCGGCGGAGGUAGCGGCGGAAAGAGCACAAUUGUAUGCAUGGCGAACCCUAGGAGGGUGAAAAUGGUGGCGAAGCAGAUUAGGAGAGAGAUUUCCGACAUGUUGCUUACCGAUAAGGUUUUGCAGUACGCGGUGUUGCCGGAAGCUGCUCUGGGGGCCGAUAGAUAUCUCUCGUCGCUGACGACGAUCAGUGAUGUCGAAGUGUCUGCUGAUUUGCAGGUUGUUAAAGUAUAUGUAUCCGUUUUUGGAGAUGAAAGAGGAAAAGAAGUUGCUCUAGCAGGAUUGAAGGCGAAAGCAAAAUACGUUCGCAGUGAGUUAGGCAAGCGUAUGAAGUUGCGGCUCACGCCCGAGGUCCGGUUCCUAGAAGAUGAGUCUCUAGAACGUGGAAGCAGGGUGAUUGCUAUAUUGGAUAAAUUAAAGGACGAGAAUGCGAAAAAAGGUAAUAGUGAUGAAGAUGGUGAUCAUGGAGAGUUCUCCGAUAGGAGGGAUGAUGAUGUGGAGUGGGAGGGCGAUGAGAUUGACGAUGAGGGCAUCAUUUAUGUGAAGUAGUUGAUCCAGCACAUAAACAACAAUGGAGGCUACAAUAUACAGGCAGAGGAUUGCUUCGCAACUGGUUAGUUUCACUUUACUAUAUUGAACUUAACCUAUAUUGAAAGUCAUGUUGAGAUAGAUUGCUCAAAGGUUGUCUGCUGGUUUGUUUUUUAGGACUCAAGCUGGCUUGGGAAAGUAAUUUGAUUCCUUGAUUUCGGAUUUCCAUGUUUGGUUCAAUGUAAUAGGGAAAGCAAAAACGAUUUAUCAGCAGAGUUAGGAAAGUUGUACACUGGUUGCUUAUCUUAUGAAUGUGAUAUAUGAAAACAUUUUUAGAUGAUUUUAACAAA